AUGAAACCAGCUCAGACAGCGCGCAGCAAGGCAACAACCAAGGCUCGUGAACCUGUCAAGCACACCAAGACAUUCUCUGGCUGCUGGACCUGCCGCGAAAGACACGUCAAAUGCGACGAAGCCAGACCCCACUGUGCGCGAUGUCUCAAGGGCGGAUUCCAAUGUCAGGGAUACGGCAUCAAGCUCGUCUGGGUCGAUCCAGACAGCCAGGAACGCGAGCAGAACAUCAGGCGGGUCAUCGGCACGCCAACAGUCUAUGACGACGGGUCAAAUUUUGUGAGGGUCGACGUCCAUGAGGCGUUGGAGGAGAUAGAAAGACUUUCGCCGCAAGCAGGAUGCCUUUCGUCGGGUCCAUUCUCGGUCUUUUCCCUCCAAAGGUCUAGAACGGGCAGUUUCGAAGGAUUUCACGGGAUAGAACCUCUGGCGCUUCCAAACCGCGAAAGAAGAGACUCGGCGUCGUCGCCAACAGAUCAGACAGGAGAGGUAUCAGAUGAAAAUGCCGACGAUCUGAUAGAAACUGUCAUCUCACCAUUCACAAGCUAUCCUCGAACGCCGUCAUCGUACACUCCUCCCGACACCCCCCCGCUGUGGCCAUCGACAUCGAGCCCUGCUCCUCUGCCGCUCAUAAUACGCCACCUGGACCUCCUCCCUCGGCCCGCCGAACAAAGAGCCCUGAUUCACCACUGGACGGACUUCGUCUGCUGGCACCUCGUCCCCGUGGACCGGCCGGACAACCCCUUCCGAAGCGUCUUCACGCCCAUGGCCCUCGCGGGUCUCGCGUCCCCGUCAAACCAGUCAAACGGACAGAUUGCACUUUUUCACGCCCUGUGCGCCACAUCGGCAUUCAGCCGUGGUCAGCUCCUCAACGGAGACAACAGGAACCUCACCUUGGCGAUGAAACAUUACAAUCUAGCCAUCAUGCACCUGCGCCACAGCCUUGCGAAUCUCAGGGACAGAGAUGACAACAACCACCUUGGAGGUGGUCAAGAAGUACAUCUUCAACGAGGCUCCAUCCUCGCAACCAUUACCAUGUUCUCGGCAAUGGACAUGAUCACCGGCCGCUCCAGCGAAUGGCGCACGCAUCUGCAGGGCGGUGCCUCGUGGCUGUCGACCAUUGAAGAAAGCGAGUGGGACCGCGACAAGUCCUCCUCGAUGGUCUACCAAGGCUACCUUGCCAUCGCGGCGCUAUGCAAUAUUAACCUGCCCUCCACCAUUGACGUCGAAUCCGAGAACUUCCUGGGUGAUGCGAGACACUAUGUUCUCGACCGGUUCUUCGGUCUCACCCGUCCGAUCUUGAAACACAUUGUCGUUAUGAACAGCCUGAUCAAGCGCAUCUCUAAUACCACGGCUUCCGACCCGCCGACAGCCGAGACGUUGGAUGAUCUGGAAACCCAACUGUACUCCCAGACACCGUCGAAUCUAGACCUCACGGGCCUCCCACCUCUUGCUCAAUCCUUAACGUUGCACCACGCCUACGUCUUCUACUAUGCCUCGCUAAUCUACUUCCUCCGCACCGUCCGGCGCCUCCCCCCGGAUGUCCUCUGCAUCCAACACAUGGUUUCAAAAGCCGUCACGCACCUCGAAGAUAUCGAAAGCCUGGGCGGCGACAGUAUAGGCUGUACAUUAGUCUGGCCGCCAUUCAUUGUUGCGUGCGAAUGCUUAAGUGGGGAGCUGCAGGAGAAGAUGCUUGAGUGGUAUAGGCUGAAGAGGAGGCACGGAUUCAUGAAUCUGGAGCUUUCAAAGGAUAUUGCGAGAGAGCUGUGGCGAAGACGGCAGCUUGCGGAGGAGGGCGGCAAGACGGAUGCUGAUAUACAGUGGCAGGAUGUUUUGAGGGAGAUGAAAAUGGAUAUAGUCCUUGCUUGA